AUGGAUGUACUUGGAAAAAUCACUGCUGUCUCAAAUCCUGCAGUAGUGCGUAACACUGCAGGAGAUCUCAUGAUGAGAAGAAUAAUAAAACUGCAGGACCUAAGCUUACCAGUGGACGCAAUAGCUGUUGAAAAAAUUGAUUUACCAAAUGAGGAUCAGACUCAUGUAGCUUUUGAAGAAAAGAAUCUGUUACAGCUGAACGACAUAGAUCCUUUUACUCAAAAGGGUGAACGAUAUCAGUGCACUGUAACGAUCAUAGGAAUACCGGAUAAACAACAUUGGUGCUAUCGUGCUUGUCGUGUAUGCUCAUCAAAAAUGAUAUCAACACCUGAUGGGUUCCUGUGUACAAAGGAUGGAGGCUGCCCUUCAAAACAAUUUGAAUGGAAGUACAAAAUUCCAUUUAUAGUUGCAGACGACACAUAUAGUCUUGAGUUCAUGAUGUUCGAAAGAAGAGCUGCUAACCUUAUUGGUAAGAGUGCUGAAACAUUAAGGAAAUACAAUGAUCCAAAUAUAAUUCCAAGCGACAUUUCACAAUGGAUUGGCCACAAGUUCACAUUUGUUGUAAGGAUUCUAUAUAAAAAGAGUAUGAGGACUGAACAUCCGUCAUUUGAGGUCCUGUUGAUAAAAGAACGCCAUGGAAAGCAGGAUGUACUGCCAUUAUUAAGCAGUCAGUCAUCCGCACUAGGACAAGGAAUAUCAUCAGCUAUAGUUGCAACCAAGGAUCUACCUGAACUAAUGACUAUAUCUUCUAAAACACCAACAGAUCAGGCAAGAUUGUAUAAUCACCGAUGA